GAAGGGGCAAUAGAAGAACAAUCAAACUGUCAAUUUUUCCCAUAUAAAACGGAAUUCAAGUCCCUAUAUGAAGCACUGAAAAUGGACGAAAAUCGAUCAAAACUUGUGCCAGGAACAAAGCCGUGGUAUAUUGGUUGGAGUAAUUGUAACAACGAGAUAGCAAAAGAACUAAGAAAGUAUUAUGACACACCCUACUUUUUGCCUCCAACAUCAGAAAAUAUGCCCCUUAGUUGGAUUUUUAUGGGGGGACCUGGUUUUGGAGCACUGAUGCAUAUAGACAACGUUCAUUAUCCUUCCUGGCAAGUGCAGCUAAGGGGAAGAAAAAAGUGGAAAUUAGCCCCACCCCCUGAAUGCUACUUUGUUUGCAAAGAAAUCGAAGUAACGUUAGAACCGAAAGACAUAAGUAAGUUGUACAAGACAAUAGUCAUACCAUAUAUAUUACUUUUAUAUUAGUUGUUGUAGAUACUAAUCGCUGGUAUCAUCAGACAACCGUUUUACCGGGAGAAAUGAGUAUUACAAUUGGCG